UACAGCCUCUUUGCCGGCAGCCAUCCUGAGGGACGCACACUACACACCCAGCAGCUGCACAAGGUCCUAAAGAUGACCAGGAUUUUGUCAGUGUUUAAGGCUGCCAGGGCCUUAAACAAAGGGACUGGAGUCUACAAACCAAUUGCCCAUCGCCAUUGGAGCUUUUCUAAAGCUGGGGUCCGGUUUGUGAGCGUCAAGGCACAUACAGCAAAUUUAGUGCUUGAAGAUGGGACCAAAAUCAAAGGCUACUCGUUUGGUCACCCUGGAUCAGUGGCUGGAGAAGUUGUUUUUAACACUGGCAUGGGAGGGUACGUAGAAGCCGUAACAGAUCCAGGCUACCACGGGCAGAUUCUCACCCUCACCAGCCCAAUCAUUGGAAAUGGUGGCGCACCAGACACCAAAGCAUUAGAUUCUUACGGUCUCAUGAAGUUUCUGGAGUCUGAGAAAAUCCAGGUCUCAGGGUUGUUGGUUCUGGAUUACAGCCAUGAAUACAAUCACUGGGGAGCUGUCAAGUCUUUGGCUGAAUGGCUGCAAGAGGAGAAGAUCCCAGCACUUUGCGGAAUUGACACUAGGAUGCUGGCCAAAAAAAUUCGAGAUACGGGCACCGUGCUUGGUAAAAUUGAGUUUGAGGGACAACCUGUGGAGUUUGUAGAUCCCAACAAGAGGAAUCUGAUUGCUGAAGUAUCCACCAAGGAUAUCAAAGUAUAUGGCAAAGGAAAUGCUGUCAAAAUUGUGGCAGUGGACUGUGGUGUGAAACAUAACAUCAUCCGACAACUGGUUAAGCGAGGAGCUGAAGUUAACCUUGUCCCAUGGAAUCAUGACUUUUCUAAAAUGGAAUAUGAUGGACUUUUUAUCACAAAUGGACCUGGAAACCCAGAGCUGGCACAGCCUCUAGUGCAAAAUCUGAGAAAGGUCUUUAAGAGUGAUCGUCCUGAACCAGUGUUUGGAGUGUCCAAGGGAAAUGAAAUUGCAGCUUUAGCAGCUGGUGGCAAAACGUACAGACUGCCUAUGGCUAACAGAGGGCAGAACCAGCCAGUAAUGAACACAAUGAAUGGACAAGCCUUCAUCACUGCGCAGAAUCACGCCUACGGAGUGGACAGCAACUCCUUGCCUACUGGAUGGAAACCACUGUUUGUGAACAUUAAUGAUCAAAGCAAUGAGGGGAUCAUGCAUGAGUCCAAACCAAUCUUUACUGCUCAGUUUCACCCGGAGGCCAAUCCUGGUCCAACUGAUACUGAGUUCCUAUUUGAUGUUUUCAUGUCCAUGAUAAAGAAGGGGAAAGGUACCACUCUUGCUUCAGUGAUGCCAAAACCAGGACUGCAGUCUAAAAGGAUUGAGGUGUCUAAAGUUCUAAUCCUGGGCUCCGGAGGUCUGUCAAUCGGACAGGCUGGGGAAUUUGAUUAUUCAGGAUCACAGGCUGUGAAAGCUAUGAAGGAAGAGAAUGUGAAGACUGUGCUUAUGAACCCCAACAUUGCUUCUGUUCAGACCAACGAAGUGGGAAUCAAGCAAGCUGACACUGUGUACUUCCUUCCUAUUACCCCACAGUUUGUCACAGAAGUUAUCAAAACAGAAAGGCCAGAUGGUAUCAUUCUUGGCAUGGGUGGCCAGACUGCCUUAAACUGUGGUGUGGAGCUGUUCAAACGAGGAGUGCUGAAAGAAUAUGGCGUCAGAGUCCUUGGCACAUCAGUGGAAUCCAUCAUGGCCACAGAAGACAGACAGCUAUUCUCAGACAAACUGAAUGAGAUCAAUGAACCAAUUGCCCUCAGCUAUGCAGUGGAAUCGGUAAAAGAUGCCCUAGUGGCUGCUGAUAACAUUGGUUACCCAGUGAUGAUCCGAUCUGCCUAUGCCUUGGGUGGUUUGGGGUCAGGGCUAUGUCCAGACAAGGAGACUCUCACAGAUCUAUCAACCAAGGCCUUAGCGAUGACCAAUCAGAUUCUGGUGGAACGUUCAGUUGUUGGGUGGAAGGAGAUUGAGUAUGAAGUGGUGAGAGAUGCAGCAGAUAAUUGUGUCACUGUCUGCAACAUGGAAAAUGUGGAUGCUAUGGGUGUACAUACAGGGGAUUCCAUCGUAGUUGCACCGUGCCAGACUCUCUCCAAUGAAGAGGCCCAGAUGUUGAGAGCCUGCUCCAUUAAAGUUGUACGACACUUGGGCAUUGUGGGAGAAUGUAACAUACAGUUUGCCCUCCAUCCCACCUCACUGGAGUAUGUCAUCAUUGAAGUAAAUGCCAGGCUUUCCAGAAGUUCUGCUUUGGCUUCCAAGGCUACUGGGUAUCCAUUGGCCUUCAUUGCUGCCAAAAUUGCUUUGGGCAUCCCUCUACCUGAGAUCAAGAAUGUUGUGUCUGGAAAGACCACUGCCUGCUUUGAACCCAGUCUGGAUUACAUGGUGACAAAGAUUCCUCGCUGGGAUCUGGACCGUUUUCAUGGAGCAUCUGGAUUAAUUGGAAGCUCCAUGAAGAGUGUGGGAGAGGUCAUGGCUAUUGGCCGUACAUUUGAGGAGAGUUUCCAGAAGGCAUUGAGAAUGUGCCACCCUUCUGUAGAUGGCUUCACCUCCAACCUACCAAUGAACAAAUCCUGGACAGCAGACAUGAACCUCAGGAAAGACAUGGCAGAACCUACAAGCACCCGUGUCUACAGCAUGGCUAAGGGUCUGGAAACUGGAAUUCCCAUUGAUGAGAUCAACAAUCUAACAGCCAUUGAUAAAUGGUUCCUAUACAAAAUGCAAGGCAUCCUCAACAUGGAUAAGACCCUUAAAGGAAGUAAGAGUGAAUCCCUCCCAGACGAGACACUGAGGAGAGCCAAACAGAUUGGUUUCUCAGACAGAUACAUUGGGAAAUGCCUGGGACUGACUGAAGCCCAAACAAGAGAGCUGAGGUUGAACAAGAACAUCAAACCUUGGGUUAAGCAGAUUGAUACACUAGCUGCUGAAUACCCAGCCAUAACAAACUAUCUCUACCUCACCUACAAUGGACAGGAACAUGAUAUUAAAUUUGAUGAUCAUGGAAUGAUGGUUCUGGGCUGUGGCCCAUAUCAUAUAGGCAGUAGUGUUGAGUUUGACUGGUGUGCAGUCUCCAGCAUCCGUACAUUGCGCCAGCUUGGCAAGAGAACUGUAGUCGUGAACUGCAAUCCAGAGACAGUCAGCACAGACUUCGAUGAGUGUGACAAACUGUACUUUGAAGAGCUCUCACAGGAGAGAAUUUUAGAUAUAUUCCAACAAGAGCAAUGUGAUGGCUGCAUCAUCUCUGUGGGUGGCCAGAUCCCUAACAACUUGGCUGUGCCACUUCAUAAGAAUGGAGUGAAGAUUAUGGGCACCAGUCCUCUGCAGAUCGAUAGAGCGGAGGACAGAUCCGUUUUCUCUGCUGUCCUUGAUGAGCUCCAGAUUGCCCAAGCACCCUGGAAGGCAGUGAAUUCUCUGGAUGAUGGGUUGCAGUUUACAAAGAGUGUUGGCUAUCCAUGCUUGCUCCGUCCUUCGUAUGUACUGAGUGGUUCAGCCAUGAAUGUAGUUUAUGGAGAUGAAGAACUGAAGACUUUCCUAGCUGAAGCCACACGAGUCUCCCAGGAACACCCAGUUGUCAUCACUAAAUUCAUACAGGGGGCACGAGAGGUAGAGAUGGAUGCAGUAGCCAAGGAAGGCCGUGUCAUCUCUCACGCCAUUUCUGAGCAUGUUGAAGAUGCUGGGGUCCACUCUGGAGAUGCCACUCUCAUGAUCCCUACACAAAGCAUCAGUCAGGGAGCUCUGGAGAAGGUUAAACUUGCAACCAAGAAAAUUGCAAAUGCCUUCGCUAUUUCUGGACCCUUCAAUGUGCAGUUCCUGGUUAGAGGAAAUGAUGUCCUGGUGAUUGAAUGCAACUUGAGAGCAUCCAGAUCUUUCCCCUUUGUGUCCAAAACCCUGGGAGUGGAUUUCAUUGAUGUAGCCACAAAAGUAAUGAUUGGGGAGAAAGUGGAUGAGACUCAUCUACCAACCCUGGAAAGCCCCAUCAUUCCAGCAGAUUAUGUUGGCAUCAAGGCACCAAUGUUCUCCUGGCCCCGUCUCCGAGGAGCCGAUCCAAUUCUUCGUUGUGAGAUGGCAUCCACUGGAGAGGUGGCAUGCUUUGGAGAAAACAUUUACUCUGCUUUCCUGAAGGCCAUGAUCUCCACCGGCUUCAAACUGCCCCAAAAGGGAAUCCUGAUUGGAAUCCAGCAUUCUUUCCGUCCACAUUUCCUUGGCACUGCUCAGCAGCUUAAAGAGGAAGGAUUCAAGCUAUAUGCUACAGAAGCCACUGCAGACUGGCUGAAUGCCAAUGAUAUUUCUGCCACGCCUGUUGCUUGGCCAUCUCAGGAAGGACAGGGCAAUCACCCAGCUUUAUAUAGGUUGAUCAAAGAUGGAGACAUUGACAUGGUUAUAAACCUUCCAAACAACAACACAAAGUAUAUAAAUGAUAACUUUUUGAUUCGGAGGACUGCAAUAGACUGUGGCAUUGCCCUGAUCACCAACUUCCAGGUGGUAAAACUAUUUGCUGAGGCCAUUAAAUACUCUGGGGAUCUAGAUGUCAAGAGUCUUUUCCAUUACAGACAAUAUGGGGCAGGAAAAUCCAAAUAGACACCUGGAGACAUCAUCAAACAACUUACCCUUGGGAAGAACAAGUGAAUAACAUGAAUCUUACCUGCCAUCUUCUAUAAUCUCCCUUUUUAACAAAAAAUCAAUUGUUAUUUGAUUAUGUCUGUGUAGCUAUGAACUGUGGAAUCCAGAAGAAAUAUAUAUUAUACAUAGUUACUAGAAGAAAACACUAAUAAUAUUAUAGUACCUUUACAUUGCUCACAUCAUGAUUACAAUGUCCCACUCCCAAAGUUUAUACAGUUGCUCCUUGUUUUUGUUUUUGUUUUCUAAACAUUUGUGUUCACUGUUGGUUCUAAACAUGCAAAAAAUAAAUAAUUUUAAUUUGACAA